UCGUGAGGCGCUUAGUUGACUUCCUUCAUCCAACGUCGUAGAGACUGGCUGGUCGUGCAACAGAGACACACGACAUGAGCUACCAAGGCGGACAAGGCGGUUCCUACGGAGGUGGCGCGCCCAUCAGGGCUCAGCCACCCAUGGAGUACAUCUGCGCAGAGUGCGCAUCCAUCAACGAGAUCAAGCCGAGGGAGCCGAUCCGAUGCCGCGAGUGUGGACAUCGCAUCAUGUACAAAAAGCGAACCAACCGCAUGCUCCAAUUUGAGGCUCGAUAGACGCGCUGCUCCAGCAUGUCGCCAUGCAGGAAGCGUAUGCUCUCCGUUUGGCCCCCACCAUCUUGAAAUUGUAUUUAUAGUCCCUGUGGCCAACCCCGGCACUACAUCAUUGUUCAUCUUCGAGUGAUUGAACGUUGAUGGCCCUCGAUGCGGC